AUGUCGCCAGCAAUUUCAGGGGCUUUGGAAGUCCCAGCCUUCCAAAGAGCAUAUGUUUCUAAGUCACAUGGAGACGGACUUGAGUUUGCCACGAUCAAAGUUCCUACAUAUUCUGCCGAUGAGAUAUUGGUCAAAAUCAUGUUCUCAGGCGUUUGUCAUACAGACUUCCACGCGUGGAAAGGACACUGGCCUGUUAAGCCGAAGGACAACCUUGUUGGCGGGCACGAGGGAGCCGGAAUAGUCGUGGCGCUCGGUGAGGAUGUUACAGAUAUAUCCAUCGGCGACAGAGUGGGUGUACAGUGGGUGAACAGGACCUGCGGAGCCUGCGAAUUCUGCUCUCGUGAUUCCCAACCACUAUGUCCACAUAUCCAACUUUCGGGAUAUACCGUCGAUGGAACCUUUCAGCAGUACUGCGUAUGCAAAGCCGAGAACGCAGUUCGUAUACCGCCGGAUAUCCCUCUCGAUCAGGCUGCUCCCAUACUGUGUGCUGGUCUAACGGUAUACAAAGCACUUAAGGAGUGCAGUCUCAAGCCAGGAGAAUUAGUCGCAAUUGCAGGAGCAGGAGGGGGUCUUGGUACGUUGGCGUGCCAGUUUGCAAAAGCAUGCGGAUACCGCGUUCUGGCAAUCUCCGCGGGCGAAUCGAAAAGGAGAAUGUGCAUCAAAAAUUUGGGCGUCGACUGCUUUGUCGACUAUAAAGCUUCUUCUAACCUUAUUGAGGAGGUCAAAGGAAUUACCGAAGGGGGUCCAAAUGCCGUCAUCGUCGUCAGCUCAACAACAAAGCCGUUUGAUGAAGCUAUUCAUUAUGUAAGACCGAGGGGUACUAUUGUCGCUGUCGGCUUGCCGCCCGGGUGUAUGAACGCAGACAUCUUUACGAUCGUCCUUCGUAAUAUCACUAUAAAAGGAAGCUACGUAGGGAAUCGUUACGAGACAGAAGCAGCACUGGAGAUUGCCUCUCGCUCAGGGAUUAUCGCUCCUUACAAGUUACUUGAUGCCCGCGAACUGCCAAAGGUGUAUGAGCGAAUGGACAAGGGUAUGA